AUGGGAACUCAUUAUAUUACAUCUAUUGCGACUUCUCCAUCACCUAAUAAUCCAGUGGCUUCAGGAGAACGAUGCUUAUUAUAUGGAAGGUGUAAAAUCAAGAAACAAUACACUACCAUUGGUAUUCAACAAUACCAAUGGAAUCUUCAUGCAAAAUAUAUUCACAGACGUUUUGUUUUCUUUCGACCACACAAUGUGAAUUAUAUUCGAAAUGCAAGUUUUGUGUCGAAGAGAUUUCUGUCAAACAGUUCUCCGGACUCAAUGGGUCAUGAAGAAUCUGCAAAACAUGCCAUGGAUAUUUUGUUCAGGUUUUCAAGACCUUAUGCUGCAAUGGCCACAGUUUUAAGCGUGCUUUCAACGUCUCUUGUAGCUGUUGAAAGGCUUUCGGAUAUCUCGCCAUUGUUCUAUACAAAAGUACUACAGGCAGUUUUUGGAGGCAUUUUUAUGCAAAUAUACGUUUGUGGUUUCAAUCAAAUAUGCGAUAUAGAAAUUGACAAGAUUAAUAAGCCAGAUCUUCCAUUGCCUGCUGGAGAAUUAACCAUGAAUUCAGCCAUCAUUGUGACUUUAAUAUCGGCUAUUAUGAGUUUUUCAAUCACGUGGAUUUCUCGUUCUUGGCCACUAUUUUGUGGUCUCUUUGUUUGGUUUUUGAUAGGAACCGCGUAUUCGGCCAAUGUGUUGCCACUUUUACGAUGGAAGAGGUUUCCUUAUACCGCUGUUUUAUACAUGAUAAACUCACGGGCGCUAUGCAUUCCACUUGGAUAUUACAUGCAUGUGAAGAACGCCAUUAAGGGAGGAGUUGUAGUCCUCUCAAUGCGUCACCUUUUUUCCAUCGCCAUGCUCUUCGUCUUCUCCAUUGUUCUGAUACUAUUUAAGGACAUUCCUGACAUUAAAGGAGAUGAGAUGCAUGGAAUCAAGUCGCUUGCUUCUCAGAUCGGUCCUGAACGGAUGUUUUGGAGUUGCGUUUGGUUUCUUGGAGUCGCUUAUGGUGUUGCUAUUUUGAUUGGAGCAACCUCGUCAUCUACCUGGAGCAAAUAUGUUACGAUUUUGGGUCAUUUGGUGUUGGGUUUGACACUUUGGAUACGAGCAAAAUCAGUGGAUCUGAAGAGCGUAUCAUCCAUAUCAUCCAUGUACUUAUUUCUUUGGAAGCUUUUUUAUGCUGAAUACUUUCUUCUGCCACUCGUAAGAUGAAUCAUACAAUCAAUAUCAUUAUGAAUGUCAAAGAUGUUUGUGUGUAACAAAAUUUGUUUGCUUCAAUUGUAUCUUCUUCUCUUGAAAUGAUUACCCAUAGAUAUUUUUGUAGAUAAAAGAUUUGUAGCCUUAUUUGUUUUGUUUUUUUUUUAAUUAUUGUUUAUACAUUACGGAAAGAUCGAUUCCACAAGUAGUAUUGAU